AUUAUACUAACUUCAGCUAAUUUGGAUAUUGUGACAGUCGGAUAGAAGCUAAAGUUGAUCCGAGUUGAUCAGUGCUUUGGCUAAUUGAAUAUUGAUAUCGCUAUAAAAUUGAUUUUAGAUGUUUAUACUUCGCUCUAUGCAAUAAGAGAGAUUCGAAGUUAAUUAUUCUCAUAUAGUACUUAAAAAUUUAUAUAUACAUGCUAUCUCUACGUGUAUGCAAAUCGUAUUAGGCUAAUUAGAAUGUAUAGUUACUAUUUUUAAAAUAUGGUUAAUAUGUGCAUAUGUAAUAUGUUUACAUAUAUGUCAUCAAAAUAACACUUCGUCUUGAAUUUUCUGUGUGAUAAUUUUCUUAAAAAGAUGUAUGUAUCUGUUACUUAGUCGGUGGUUUGAUAGGUACUGGUCAAUGCACAAAAUGGAAAUAAUAACUUGUAUAAAAAAUUGCCAUAAAAAAUUUUCAAGAUUGAGUUAACAUGACAUUUUGGUACUACUGACAUCGGAUUGCAUCGAAUGUGUUUUUCGUCCAUAUAAAAUCUAAUCACUUAGCCGAACAGUGAAAUAAAUUGUUAACAAGUGACGAUGGCUAAUCACUAUGAAGUACCUAAUUGGUUAUGUUUUUCAGGGCUGGAAAGCCACCAGUUGGAUUACAUUUAGAUGUAUUAAAAAAUGAUAAAUUAAUCCAGAAACUAAUGGUCGAUGAAAAGAAAUGUUAUUUAUUUGGUCGUAAUCAACAAUUAAAUGACUUUUGUAUAGAUCAUGCAUCUUGCUCUCGUGUUCAUGCUGCACUAGUUUAUCACAAACAUUUAAAUCGUGCAUUUCUUGUUGAUCUGGGUAGCACUCAUGGAACUUUUAUUGGUAAUCUUCGUUUAGAACCACAUAAACCUACACAGUUACCUAUUGAUAGCACAUUUCAUUUUGGAGCUUCUACUCGAUACUAUAUUAUUAGGGAAAGACCACAAACUGGUACAAGACCAAUUAUCGAGGAGUUAGAGAAACUGUCAGAAGAUAUUGAUGCUGGUGGUUUAUUGGGUUUACCAGAAACAGAAACAGAACUUGAUAAUUUGACAGAGUUCAAUACUGCACAUAAUAGGCGCAUAUCGAUGCUAGGUAUAACAGAUGAUGAAAUUCACAAACCAACAAGAAAGCGUAAGAAAAAGGGAAUUACGUUUAAUGAUGAUGAAGAAGUAAUAAAUCCAGAAGAUGUGGACCCAUCAGUUGGCAGAUUUCGUAACCUUGUACAAACUACUGUAGUACCCAGUAAAAGAAUGCGUAUGGAAGGAGGUUUAAUAUCUUUAUCAGAGGAUCACAAUCCUUUGAAACACGUUCAACCUACAACAACAACGCCGCAACUGUACCACGACUUACCCCCAGAGCAGUUUACUCCAUCGUCACUAUCUCUUAAUCCAUUUUCCAGUGCUUUGUCUUCGUUAUCGUCACGACUUGGUAUCGCAUUACCAAAUCCGGCACCCGAAGUGGAAAUGACACCUAAUCAAAUACCGGCGGAAACACCACACGUACCAGAAAUACCAGGACCUACGGAAACGCGAGCUAUGGAACCGAAAAAGAAAAAAUAUGCCAAAGAAGCUUGGCCCGGGAAAAAACCCAUACCUACGCUUUUGGUAUAGUAGUGUUAAGAAACUUAUUUUUGUCCAAUAGUUUUAUUAUUCAUAUUUUAGAAAUUAAGUUACGUAAGAAUUCGUGCAUAAAUUUGUCGUAUAAGAUUUAAAAAAGAUAUGUUUAGUUAUCGUUGAAUAAUCGUAUCGAUAUCUUGACAUUUCAUUCGAACUUAUUUUAAUCGUAACUGUACAGAUGUAUCGUAAUACGUAAAUUUAUCUUAUCAAUUUCGUUUUCGAUUAAAUAUUACUUUAGAUUUAAUUAACGUUUGUACGUAACGUUUCACGUCAAGAUCAAAAUUGUAAUUAAAAUUUCUUGUAAGAUAAAGGAGCAUGAAUAAACAGAAUUUAUUUUAA